AUGGCUGCGUUUUGUGCUUGCAGGCGCGUGCAUGUGCCGCCUGCUUGGGUUUCACCCUCACAACUCUCCCUCUUUCCCGCUGGCGAUUGUGCCUGUGCCACACACACUGCAAAGGAAAUGCCGCGGCUGCCGGUGUGGUUUGGCGGGGCCGCACUCGCCAGCGGCGGGUACUACGUCUUCUACCACCACUUCUACACCCCUCGCCACACGACGCGGCGGAGACACGAGUCGGCAGUUGAGGCGGAGAAGUUGAAGCUGCAGUCCGUCCUGCAGCGCUACGCCGUGUUGCGGCAAAUGGUACAAAAACUGCAGCAGAGCAGUGCAGCGGCGACGAACCGGGAGCGUCUGUACAUUUACUGUGAGCUGCAGCAGUUGCGGGAGGCGUUUUACACCCUCCCGAUGCGGGCGCAAUCCGCGUCGGAGAAGCAGAGCGUGCUGCAGGACCUCGACGCCGUGGAGGUGACACACUGCACGGCACUGAACUUUAGGGACGGGGCUCUGACGCUGCGGCAGAUGAUCACCUGCCAGUUCUGUUUUGGCCUCUACGUGGUCUGCUUCUGUCUGCUGGAUCCUGUCCUGCGACGGGUGCAGUGCGAGGCCGUGGAGCGGGCGCGGCGACGCGGGCUGCACGCCGUCUCACGGUGGAUGCUGCACCGCCUGCGUAUUCCUGUGACCAUGACGUUGGAGGACACGUUGCCCUGCAAAAAUGACCACAGCGACGGAGCGGAGGCGGCGUACAUCGUGUUCAGCCCGCAGCACUGGAUCGAAGUGGUAGGCUUCUGGGCGUGUCCGACCAACCCACUGCUGACAAACAUGCGCGUGCGGUGUCUGUCGGCUUGCGAUGCUGUUCCCUUCGAGCUGCACUGGCGCGGGCGCUGGGAACGCAUGCAGAAGGAGCUCCAGGACCCCGCCGCAGCGGUGGUGGGCGAGGCGGCGGUUAGAAGCCCGACGGUGCAGUCGUCGUUCGGCUACCCGCUCGCAACGCGUGUGGGGCGCGGGGAUGGGAGGUGUGACGGCGGCACGGACCCUGCGGACUCCACCACCGGCGCUGCCGCGCUGCGAUUGCUUCCAGUUGCCUCUGCCGGAAUGCCCCGUGUACUUUUUGUGGGUGACGCGGUGGCACGGAGCGACGUGCGCGCGCGGCCCACGCUGCACGAGGUGUACACAAACGUGCAGCAGCGACAAUUUGUCGUGAAGCACGACGUUGCUAAAGGAAGCAAAACUCAGAGUGACGCGGGCGGCCGUGACGCGGCGCUUGCGCAGCUGCGUGCCUGGCGGCAGCGCGGCGGUGUGCCGGUGUGGCACAGUGUGGAGUGGGGCUCCGUCUACGGCGAUGUGGGGCCUGCGGGAAACCGCGACCGGCGGGAGCUGGUCUUUCGUGUCGGUCGUCUUUGCUCCGCGCGGGAGUUGGUGAUGCGGCAGGUGGAGCUGCAGCAGCGUCUGCUGCAGCAGGCCGGGGGUGACGCAGAGGAGGUGUGUCUCCUUUGA